AUGUACAGUAAUCUCCAGCUAGAUCCAGUCGGCUUUGGCAUUGUUCUACCAAGCCUGGCUAGUGUUUUGUGUGGUUAUACAUCAAUUUUACGUGAUAACCAAUUUCCAAAUGCAACGAUAAUUUAUUCUAUAUUAGCAGCCAUGCCAACACAUGAAAUAAACAAUGCUCAUUAUUCAUGCCGUUUAACCGAAACAUCUAGUCAUUUAUUAAGGCAAAUGUCAUCGCUAACUAUAAUUGAAUGUGCUUUUGAUGUAUUACAGUUCUAUCAUGAAGAACAUACAACAUUUGAAUUAGAUAAAACCACAGUUGAAAAAUUUAUUGAAAAAGUUAAAAAUAUAAUAAAAAAUAAUUAUGAGCAGUAUAAAGCAUUGUUUAGAACUGAACGUAAAUCUGUUACAUCGCCACAAUUACCAAUCACAUUUAAAGAUGAUGAUAUAUCAUUGAGUUCAGCAACAAGCCAAAGUUCUAAUGCGGAAAAAGUAUCAAGAGUUUGCCGUCAAAUUCUUUUAUUUGAUAGUGUUGCUUUUACAAAGACACAUUUAUACACAGAUCCCUAUACAAAACGAAAUAAUAAUUUGUUAGAAGUACUAUUAAAAGAUUUGACUAAAAAAGAACUUUUAGCAGUUUAUCCGUUAGGUGCUCAUAAUGAAAUUAAAUCAUUGAAAUUGUAUGUUAAACAAUUACCAUACGAAAAUGAAUUGACAGCUGAAAUUAUUGCAUAUGAAGAAAAAUUACGUGAAUAUGGCCUUAACUAUUUGUCAUUUAAACAAGCAUGUGUAAAACUAAAUUUUGCUGCGGAAAAAGCAAAAAUAAAAGUUGAACCUUAUCGACAAAUAUCAUUUGGUCCCUAUUCCAAAAUAUUCCAGCAAGAUAUUUCUUCAUUUCUAUAUAAGCAAUCGAGUGUAGUUGCUAACAAACCAAUAACAACAUCAAAUAUUGAUCCUGCUGAUAAAAAGCAAAGUAGUAGUAGUAAAAAAAUUACAAAACAUCAAUCGAAAAGUAUCCCAACAGUUAAUAAUGAAGAUGGAUUUAUUGGUAAUAGUGAAGAUAGACUAGAUGAAAAGGAUGAUAAAAGUAUUUCAAAUCGAAAAUCGAAUGAACAACAAACACCAAAACGUGAUCGAUCAAAAAGAAAACUAAAUUCAUCAGAUAACGUCAAUGUACGAUCGACAAAAGACACUGUUGUCAGUGAUGAUCGAACUCAAAUACAAAAUGUUCAACAAUCAAGAUCAAGAACACCGCCAGCAGAUCGUACACGUGCUAAAAGACGUCAAAACUAA